AUGCUUCGUUUCACACUUCUUUCGGGGCUCACAGUCGGUGCUCUUACCGCCGUUUCAUCGGCUGCAGCUCUGUCUCCCUCUGCACAUACCAACAGUGCUGACUGCAGAUGCUUCCCCGGAGAUGCCUGCUGGCCGGGUGCAGAUGAGUGGAAAAGCCUGAAUACCACUGUCAACGGUCGUCUCAUUGCGACUAUACCUCUCGCCGCUGCUUGUCAUGACGACCAGUAUGCUGCUUAUGAUGCAGAGCAAUGUGCCGAGCUACGCAACAGCUGGCUGGAUCCAGAGACCCACCUGCCCAGCUCGUCUUCAGUCAUGGCCCCCUUCUUCGCCCACCAAAGCUGUGACCCUUUCCAACCUCGUUCUGCGCAGUGCGUAAUCGGUACCUACGUGCAGUACGCAAUCAACGUCUCUUCUGCCAACGAUGUCGUCAAUGGUUUGAACUUUGCCACCAACCACAAUAUCCGCUUGGUAGUCCGCAACACCGGACACGACUACAAUGGCAAGAGCACUGGUGCUGGUGCACUCGGCCUCUGGAUGGCCAAUCUUAGGGACACUGAGAUCAAGGACUGGUCCGACAAGUACUACACCGGCAAAGCGAUCAAGGUCGGCGCCGGCAUUCAAGGUGGUGAAGCCUACAAGAUUGCCGAUGCUGCUGGCUAUCAAGUUGUCGGUGGCGAGUGCCCUACUGUCGGUAUUGCUGGCGGUUACUCUCAAGGUGGUGGUCACUCUGCCUUGACGUCUAGACAUGGUCUCGCUGCUGAUCAAGUCCUGGAGUGGGAAGUCGUCACUGGUACCGGAAAUCACCUUGUUGCCAAUCGUCAGCGAAACACCGAUCUUUACUGGGCCCUGUCUGGAGGAGGUGGUGGUACUUACGGAGUCGUCCUUUCCAUGACAUCCAAGCUCCACCCUGACACACCUACUGUUGGCUUCAACCUUACCUUUACCAGUGCCGGCAUUCCUAUGGAUACAUACUACGAAGCUGUCACUGCAUACCAUGCAUCUCUUCCCAAGAUUGUUGAUUCCGGAGCCAUGAGCGUCUGGUACUUCACCAACGAGUCGUUUGCCAUCUCUCCCAUCACCGCUCCUGGUGUCUCGCUUGAUGAACUCAAGUCAUUGCUGACACCCUUCAUGAAGAAGCUCGAUCAACUCGGCAUCACCUACAACCACUACCUCGGCGAGUUUGCUACAUACCUCAAGCACUUCGACACUAUGUUCUCACCUAUUCAGGUCGGUAUUGCACAGUACGGUGGUCGUCUGAUUCCUCGUUCAGUGGUUGAGAAUAACAACACUGCAUUGACCGAAGCCUUCCGCUUCAUCAACGAAAAUGGUGGUCAAUUCAUCGGUGUCGGCAUCAAUGCUUCCCUUGCUCGCUCCGGCUACCCCGAGAAUGCAGUCAACCCUGCUUGGCGCGAUGCUCUGAUUGACACCACCCUGACUACCCCUUGGAACUUCACUGCCCCUUGGGAAGAGAUGGUUGCGAACAAAGACAAGAUGACCAAUCUGUUGAUCCCCAAGCUUGCCGAGUUGACCCCGAACGGAGCUUGUUAUCUCAACGAAGGCGACUUCCAACAAUCCAACUUCCAGGAAGUCUUUUAUGGCAAGAACUACCAGAAGUUGAGUCAGAUCAAGGAUAAACAUGAUCCUCACCAUAUCUUUUAUGCUACUACUGCUGUUGGAUCGGAGUACUGGGUGCCUCAGAAGGAUGGAAGGCUUUGCAGAGCGGCUUAG